AUGAACAGGCUGGUUUUCGGAAAAAAUCGGUCAACCACGAACCAGAUUGCUAUACUGAGGAUCGUAGUGGAACAAACCCAGCAGCGGAACUCCCAGUUGAUCGUCAACUUUCUUGACUAUGAGAAGGUCUUUGACAGCAUAGACCGAGCAGCAAUGUGGAAGAUACUGAGAUAUCACGGAAUCCCACAGAGCCCUGUGUCUACCCUGUUUUCACCCUGUGUAGUGUCUACCCCUGUGUCUACCCUGUGUAUACCCCUGUGUCUACCCUGUGUCUACCCUGUGUCUACCCCUGUGUAUACCCCUGUGUAUACCCCUGUGUCUACCCUGUGUAUACCCCUGUGUCUACCCUGUGUCUACCCUGUGUCCACCCUGUGUCUACCCCUGUGUCCACCCCUGUGUCUACCCUGUGUCUACCCUGUGUCUACCCUGCGUCCACCCUGCGUCUACCCUGCGUCUACCCUGCGUCUACCCUGA